GUUCUGAUUCAGUCAUCAACUUGACGCUGUCCCAUUCUUUGGCCAGCUGGGCUACUUUUGUACACAAGUCUGUUUUUGACUUUUGUAAUGAAAAGGUUAUUCUGACGACAUAUUAGCGUCACUUGGGAGCAGGUAUGGCUAAAGAACAACUGCCUCAAUGGUCGGAUAUGUUGAAAAGGAGGUUAGCAAACUCUACAAAAGACGAGAGGAGCGACGAGGAACAGAAAGCAGAAGAAACAGAGCUGUUCACCAGAUAUUACACCGAGUGGAAGGGAGGAGGCGACAAAGACAAGUCCUACAAGAACAUCCCACGGUUCUACUACAGGCUACCAGCAGAGGAUGAAGUAUUACUUCAGAAACUGAGAGAGGAAUCCAGAGCCGUCUUCCUCCAGAGGAAGAGCAGAGAACUGCUGGAUAAUGAGGAACUACAGAAUCUUUGGUUUCUGCUUGAUAAGCACCAGGUGCCUCCUGUGAGUGGAGAGGAGGCCAUGAUCAGCUAUGUAGCCUACCUGCAGGUGGGGGAGAAGGCCGGGACCAAGUGCAAUAAAUUCUUCACAGCCAGAGUGUACUCCAAGCUGCUCCACAGCGACCCUUACGGCAGGAUCUCCAUCAUGCAGUUCUUUAACUACGUCAUGAGGAAAGUAUGGCUGCAUCAGACCCGGAUAGGCCUGAGUCUGUAUGAUGUAGCAGGACAGGGCCACCUCAGAGAGUCGGAUCUGGAGAACUACAUCCUGGAGCUGAUCCCCACUCUGCCUCAGCUGGAUGGACUGGAGAAGUCCUUCUACUCUUUCUACGUCUGCACCGCUGUUCGCAAGUUCUUCUUCUUCCUCGACCCCCUCCGAACAGGAAAGAUUAAAAUCCAGGAUAUAUUGGCCUGCAGUUUUCUGGACGACUUAUUGGAGUUGAGAGAUGAGGAGCUUUCUAAAGAGAGUCAGGAGUCCAACUGGUUCUCAGCCCCCUCAGCUCUCCGAGUCUACGGCCAGUACCUCAACCUGGAUAAGGAUCACAACGGCAUGUUGAGCAAAGAGGAGCUUUCACGCUACGGCACAGCUACGCUCACCUCCGUCUUCCUGGACAGAGUGUUUCAGGAGUGUCUCACCUACGAUGGAGAAAUGGACUAUAAGACCUAUCUAGACUUCGUAUUGGCGUUGGAGAACAGGAAGGAGCCAGCAGCGUUGCAGUAUAUUUUCAAACUUUUGGACAUGGACAAUCAAGGAUACCUCAAUGUCUUCUCCCUCAACUAUUUCUUCAGGGCCAUUCAGGAGCAGAUGAAACUCCACGGUCAGGAGAUGGUCACCUUCCAGGAUGUCAAGGAUGAGAUCUUUGACAUGGUGAAGCCUAAAGACCCCUACAAGAUCACUCUCCAGGACUUGGUGAACAGUUGCCAGGGUGAUACCGUCUCCAGCAUCCUGAUUGACCUCAACGGCUUCUGGACCUAUGAGAACAGAGAAGUGCUGGUUGCCAACGACAGCGACGGCAGCAACGCGGCUGACCACGAUGACACCUGAAGAUGAUUUGGGGUUGAAGCGUGGUAGAGACACUCCUGUUACCUAAAAAGUCAGUUUCACUCCCAACCGGAAAGUGUCCUGUUGAAGUCAGCACUGAACUGAACUCCUACUGCUGACUCAGCUCCCUCUGGUUAAGUUAUCUACAUUGUGAAAACUUUGAGGAAAUGAAUGAGCUGGAAGGAAGUAGGAAAGACAGAUAUCGUGUUCCUGCCUGUUAUUUUCCUUUAAAGAAGACCUAAUACACAUGUUUUUGUUAUUGAACUCUGUAAAAUAAAUGUUUCCUUUUCUGACAAUG